AUGAUAGCAAGUCACCUUUGUUUAUUCGUCGCCCUUCCGCGCCCCCUCCACCCGCCACCGGCCACCCGCCCCACGUCCCGCGCAGUGCACAAGUACCCGUCGGACGACCUGCGCGCGUCGCUGUGCGCGGAGCUCGCCCUCACGGACCGCCAGCUGCAGAUGUGGUUCUCGCACCGCCGCCGCAAGGACCGCAUCCUCGAGAACUCCGUCGCCGCCGCCGCCUCCGCCGCGCCCAAGCCGCCCGCCACAGCAUUCCUGCGCACCGCCGGCCCGCUGGACCAAGGCCCCGCACGCCCCGGCCUCACCACCCCCUUCUCCAUCACCGCCGCCGCCGCCGCCGGCAGCGGUGGUGGAUCCGACGCGGCGGAGUCACUAGCGCCGCCUAGACUGGGCGGCGAUGCGAAUGCGGAGGCGGGCGCAGAGCAGCCAGGGGGCGGUGCGCGCGUGAGCGGCCUCCUUGCGGGACGCGCGCUCUCCACGGACGCAGCCCCCGGCGCGGCGGCGCGUGCGGGCGUGUUCCGCAUCCCCGCCCUCCCCUCAAAAACUCUCCCCGCGCCUCCUGGCGCGUCUCCCGUCCUCUUUGGCCGCCCCCUCGCCCCCGCGCCUGUACCCGCAGCGCCCCUCCCGCCUGCCCCCGCGGAUUCCGCCGAUGCGUGUGGCAGGGGGGGCGAGGGGAGGGCGGGGGAGGGGUACGUGUGGUGGAACGGGGGGGGCAUGCGGAAGCUGUCAGUGGUGGGCGCGGGCAGGGCGCAGAGGGAAGGGGGGACGGCGGGGGAGUCAGGGCUGAUGGCGCACGAGGAGCUGGAGGAGCAGCACGACGCCAGGGCUUUGCGCGCUGCCAGGGGGCUCGCCUGCUCCGGCGCUCGUGGCGCUGGUCACGCCAGUGCUGCCAUGAGUGGCGCUGCUGCUGCUGCGGCUGCUGGAGGUGCAGUGUUGGGUACCGGCUCGGUUGGUGCUGGUGCAGGGGGUGGUGGUGCUGUGGCGUGUGCUCGCACCACACCUCGGGUCCCUGGGAGUGGCAGGGAGAACGCAGGGGGCGCAAGGGGGAGGGGCGUGCAGGGCGCACAAGGCGCAGGGGGAGCGGUAGGCAGAUUGGGGGCGGAAGGGGGUGCGUGGAAGGGUGUGGAGGAGCAAGGGGCGCCGUCUGACGCAUACCCUCCUGCAAGCAGUGCGCCAGGUGGCCUUGCCAACGGCCAAUCAGCAUUUGCCAGCUCAGCAGCAUGGCAGAGUGAGCAGAACAGCUGGAGAAGGCAGGAUGGGAGCGGGGAGCGGGCGGCAGGCGGGGAGGGGGAGGAGGGGGAGGACGAGGACGAGGAGCAGGCGGAGGCGGUGGAGAGGGUGAGGAGGGGCAUGGGAGGCGAGUACCGGUUGGAAGGGCCGCCGCUGAGUGCCGUGUUUGACCCCGUGCCCGCCCUGCGCUUCAACCUCACUGUUGGUGCGAUAUGCCUCGCCCUCGCCCCCUCUUGCCACUCCCUGCUUCCUGUUUAUCCCUCCCAAGACGCGCGCCACGACAUCUUGCGCAAGGUGAGGGUGGGUCCAGGCACGGCCCAACAGGGGGCAGGCGAGGGCAGCGAGGAGAAGGGAUUGGGGGGACAGGGCAGGGAGGGACAGACUGGGGAGGGGCUGCAUGGCGCAGCGGAGGCGUCCACUAUCACUGUCACCUGCCCUCCCCUGCACGUGCUGGGGCCGUCACACGCGCUCCCCACCCCUACCGCUGCCAAUGGGGCACUGCACCAUACCGCACCUGCCGCACCUGCCACGCCCGCACCACCUGCUGCCGUUGCUGACGGGGCUCCGCACCCUUCCACUGCAGCUGGCUGCGCGGCUGCUGCUGGUCGCGUUGCUGGUGUGCCUGGGCAUGCGGGUGCAGGGCUGGUAGGCAGGGCGGAGCGAUUGACGCACGAGGAGCAAGAGGAGGGGCACGAGCGGGAGGAGUGGGUAGAGGAGGGGAGUGGGGAGGAGGGGGCAGACCUGCUGCAUCUGCUGACUGCUGCUGCCUCGGGGUCGCCGGGCUUUGCUGCUGGGGGAGGGAAGGGUGCGAUGAAUGGCGUGGGGGAGAAAGGGAGAGGAGGAGCGGGUGGGAGCAUGGUGGUUCGCGGGAGUAGAGGCGUGGAGAAGGGGGUGCAGGCGAAUGGACUUGAUUGCAGGGUGAGGAAUCGAGGAACAGGUGUGGAGAACGGUGGUAUGAGAUUAGUGGGUGGGUUAGAGGGAGGGGAUGAAGGGUUGUGGGAAGGGAAGAAGAGGGGGGGGUUGGGAGUGGGGGGUAGGGAUGCUGAACCGCCGGAGGAAGAAGAGGAGGCAGAGGAGGAGGACGACGAGGAGGGAGAGGAGGAUGAGGGGGAGGAGGAGGAGGAAGGGGAGGAGGCUUCACAAGAAGAGUCACGAUCAUGUGGGGAGAGAGGAAGCGAGGAUAAGUCUGUGAACAAGAGGCGACGGGGGGCAGGUGGCUUGGAUGGCGGGGUUGGGGUAGCUCCCGGGACCAUGGAGGGUGGCGAGGAGGAGGCGGAUAGGUCACAACGAGGCGAGCUGGCAGGGGACGGGGCGAAGCAGAGCGGCACAAAGAGGAAGAAGCAGGGGGAGGAGGGGCGGGUGCGCAAGGAGCAGCAGCAGCAGGAGAAGCGCGUGAGGCGCGAGGCAGAGAGGCAGGAGACGGCCCAACGCAAGAUGCAGGAGGCAGCACGACGGGCAGAGGAGAGGCGGCGGCGGGAGGAGGAGAGGGAGGAGCGGGAGAGGCACAAGGAGCAAGCGAGGGAGGCGAGGGAGAGGCAGCGCGAGGAGGAGAGGGAGGCACGGGAGCGGGAGAAGGAGCGAGAGAGGAUGGUUCGGGAGAAGAAGCGGGAGGAGGAGCGGCAGGCACGGGAGCAGAUGAAGGAGAGCAUUCAGGUGGCAAGGCGGCAGCGGAGGGAGGAGCAGAGGCGGGUGCGGGAGGUGGCGAGGGAGCGAGAGCAGGCGGAGAGGGCCAAGGCGCGGCAGGCCGCAAGGGCUGCCCUGCAGCUGGUGGAUGACCGGCAGCUCGAGCUGCAGGAGAUGGGUGCUGGCAGGGAGCUGCUCGAGACUGCCGGGGCGGGUGAGUGUGAGUGUGAGUGUGAGGGGGAGAGGGAGAGGGCCAGGGCGCGGCAGGCAGCGACCGCAGCCGUGCAGCUUGUGGACGGCCGGCAGGUCGAGCUGCAGGAGGCUGACAGGGCGGGUGAGUGUGAGGGGGAGAGGGUGGAAGGGGAAGAAGGGAAGGAGGAGGAAAAUGGUAAGGGGAAGGUGGCGAGGGAAGGGCGUGGUGCAGUGGAGGGGAACGAGCUCAAGACGCUCCCCAUCGGUCCCUCCCUGUGCCCCGCAGAGCACCUACCGCCCUUCCCCCCGUCUGCGGUGCGGCGCCACCCAGUGCUGUGCGGCGCACCGUGGUCCUCCAACCCCCAAGCCGUCAGCGACCUUCUCAUGGUGUAUUCGUUCCUCACCACCUUUGCAGACACCCUCGCCCUCUGGCCCUUCUCCCUGCACCACCUCGCGCACGCCCUCCACCUCCCCGUCAGUGCACACACCCAUCCCCCCUUGCCUCUGCGCUCUUCUUUUCAGCUCCUUCAAAUCACAUCCCUCACUCCUCUCUGCCAUGCUCCACUCAUCCUCCUCUCCCCUUCUCUCGUCUCCCCCAUCUUUCUCGUCUCCCCCAUCUUUCUCGUCUCCCCCAUCUUUCUCGUCUCCCCCAUCUUUCUCGUCUCCCCCAUCUUUCUCGUCUCCCCCAUCUUUCUCGUCUCCCCCAUCUUUCUCGUCUGCCCCACCUUUCUCGUCGUCCCCAUGUCCUCAUCAGGAGGCGCGCCUACUCACGGAGAUCCAUCUCUCCCUCAUGCGAAUGGAGCAGAUGGAGCAGAUGGGGGAGCAGAUGGAGCAGAUGGGGGAGCAGAUGGAGCAGAUGGGGGAGCAGCGCGGACAGCGGGCGUGGCAGCAGCGGUGGCGGAGGCGAUGGCAGCAGCAGUGGGCGGGUCGGACACCGCCAGGGCGCUCGUGCUGCACUCCGCUGCUGCUGUCGUGGCUCAGGUGAGGGGGGGCGCCAUAGCACCCAUCAGCAGUCCCGACUCCUUGCACCCACAAGCUCCUGCCACACCAUCCCCUCACUGCCACCCCUCCCAGGCGCGUGAGUGGGGCUUCACGCCAAGCCUGUGGCGCCCCCUCCUGGGUCCUCUCACGUGGCCCGAGGUGCUGCGCCACCGUGGGUCCCGAGGGGCAGCCAUGCACGGGCAGGCCUGUGGUGCGGGCGUUGGUGCGGGCGGUGACUGCAGCAAUGAGAGUGGUGACGAGGCUGCUGACCAAGAAGCGCUCGUUGCUGACCUUGCAUCGGGCAAAGCAGCUGACGUGGCGGCACAGCGGGCGUUGGAGGAGCAGCAGGCGUGGCGGGAGGAGCAGCGGCGGCACCUGCAUGCGCAGUACCUCGCAUACCUCGCUGCUGGCGGUGGCCGCUUCAGUGACGACGACGAGGAAGGGGACGACAGCAAGCAGGGGCGACAGGCAGUGGCAAGGGUAGGGGCAGGGAGAGGAGCAGCGGCAGGGAACGCAGGAGAGGACAGCAAGGGCAUUGAUGGCGCUGCUGCUAUCGACGCGAACCCUCUCCCCCCUGCCACUGCCUCUCCUCCGCCAAAGACCCUGCCAGCCAGCAGCAGCAGCCCCCACGUGUCUGCGGUGCCGCGCAUUGUGGCACGGCUGGCGCCCGGCACCGUGAAGUUUGCGGCCUUCCACGUGCUGGCGUACGAGGGGCCAGCCGGGCUGCCCGUCACUCUCUUAGCACAGCGCAUCCAGCAGUGCGGGCUGCGGGACCUGUCUGGCAGCCGCACCCCUGAGGCUACCAUUACUGGUGCGCUGGCGAGAGACCCGCUGUUCCAGCGCGUGGCCAGCUGCACCUACUGCGUGCGCGGGGCGUACAGGCGGAGCGAGGGGGAGCGAGAGGAGGGGCUGCGGGAGGCUGUUGAGCUUGUGCAACGCGCGGCUGAGGGGAGGCGAGGGGAGGAGGAGGGGGAUGAGGGAGAGGAGGAGGGAGACGAGAGAGAGGUGGAGGGAGAGGAUGGAGAGGAUGGAAAGGAGGUGGGUGGUGAGGGUGAGAAGGAGGUGGAGGGUGAGGAGAAGGAGGUGGAGGGUGAGGAGAAGGAGGUGGAGAGUGAGGGUGUAGGUGAGGAGGAGGGUGGGGGAGGAAGGGAGGCCGCGGAAGAGGGUGGUGGGGCAGAGGAGGGAAGGCAGCAGAGUGGUGGGCAAGGGCGGGGCGAGCGCAUGGACGUGGAUGGGCCGCGUUGUGAGGGCGGUGGUGCAGGAGGUGGGGGCGGUGCAGGCAGCGAGGGCAGUGAACGCAGAGAGGGUGGUGAAUUGACUGGGCGGUGCAGGGCACCCGAGCAGAGCGGGCAGGACAGCACAGAGGAAGGCAUGGCUGUGAAUGACAUGAUGGAUGCGCGACACGUGCGCGUGACGGGCGAGGGCUUGCAGGGCGAAAUGAUGGAAGGAGGGGUGGGCACGAGCACGAAUUUCAGGGGCGAUGAAGCGGUGAGGGCGACGGUGACAGAUGCAGAGGAUGCAGGCGGCUGUGGUGCUGCAAUCGGGCCUGGUCCUGCUGACACCAUGGUGCAUGGUGAGGCGAUGCGAGGCGACGGCAGUGUGGAGGUGGGCGGCGAUGUGCGGAUGGCGUGGUGUGAGGGAGUGCGGCUGGGGGAGGAGGAGGUGCAGGCGGUGGAUGGCAUGCAGGCGGUGGAUGGCAUGCAGGCGGUGGAUGGCAUGCAGGCAGGGCGUGGGAGGGGCGAGGGAGGGGAGACGACUGGUGAUGAGAAACAGCAGCAGGGCAGGGGGGAGGAGGGUGGUGGUGCUGGUGGCAGCGGUGAUGAGAGCGAGUGGGAGUGGGAGUCUGAUGAGGAGUGUGAUGGAGAGGAGGACGCAGAGGAAGUGGAGGGUGGGGAGGGAGAGGCAGGGCAGAGGAGGGCAUGGGUGGCGGCGCUGGGAGGGGUGGAGUACAGCGAGCUCAGUGUGGAGGAGCGGGUUGACCUGCUCGUUGACCUGGUCAACGCAGUCAACGACUCCUCCACCAUCCGCGCUGCCAUCGAGGCGCGGUACGAGGUGCAGUCAUCAUACCGGCGGCAGCGGUGGGUGGAGGCGUCGCUGCACCGCAGGAAGGGCGCCUGGCGGCCCCCCGCCCUCCACCCCGCCUCCCUGCCCCUGCGCUGCCCUCCCCACGCUGCUGCGAGUCCUUCUGGUGAUGCUGCACCUGAUGCUGCUGCUACGGCAGCUGGAGGCGAUGGUGGUGCUGCUGCAGCAGGAGCGGCCGCCACGUCUUCCCCACCCACUCAAGGCGCAGCACCCGCUGGGAACCAGGCGGUGGGAGCGGUGCUGCAGGCGUCGCUCUCUCAGGCUCCCCUGCUGCUGCCGCCACCCCUGCUGGUCACACAGGGAGUGCCUCCAGAGGCAAGGGGGAGAGAUGAUGGUGGGGCGAGAGGGGAUUUGAGGGAGGAGGGGAAGCCAGUGGAGAGAGAGGAGAAAGAGGAGAGUGGAAGGAGGGUGGAGGAGUGGCAAAGAAAGAGUGAAGGAGACGAAGCAACGGUGGCGAGGAGCAGCGAGGAUAAGGGGAUAAGGGCUUCUGAGAUGCCUCAAAAAGCGGAGGCGAUGGGGACAGGAAAGCAUGCGGUGAAGCAAGAAGCGAGCGUGGAGGAAUGUGAGGGGCGGGUGCAUCGGGAAGGGGUAGUGGGAAGGAGGAGGGAUGGACGUGGCGAGGCAGAGGGGAUGGCGGGGUGCAGCAAGGAGGAGCAGAUGGACGAGGAAACCACAGAGGCGAGCUACAGCAUCCGCCACGUGCCUCUGGGCUGCGACCGCCGCGCCCACUCCUACUGGUGCUUCCACCGCCUCCCCCUCUCCGCCACCGCUGCUGCUGCUGCUGCUGCUGCUGCUGCUGCUGCUGCUGCUGGUGCGCUCCCUGGGCACGAGGUGUGCCGCUGGCGAGGAUAUGGGGGAAGGAAAGAAGGGGACGAUGGAAGGCGGGGAGGAGAAAGUGGUGGUAGUGAUGGUAAUGGUGGGGGAGGUGGCAGGGGAGGGGAGCAGGCGAUGGUGGGGGUGUACGUGCUGUCAACUGACGGGCAGUGGAGCGCCAUUCGAGACGCCCAGUCACUGGCGCAUCUCAAGGCGCUGCUGUACCCGCGCGGUGUGAGGGAAUCCGCGCUGCUCUCCAACCUCCGCCACCACCUCUCCUCCCUCACUCCACCGCUCUGCACCACUGCUAUACCCGCCACCACCACUGCACCGGCUGCUACCAUCACCACACCAGCUGCCACCACCAUUGCACCCCCAACAGCCUCUGCUGGUGCCCUUGAGUCGCCUCCUCCACCCCUCAUGUCGUCCGUGCCACCAGCCUCACCUCCCAUGCCACCCAACGCACCUGCCACUCCACCAGAAGCACUAGCCACCCCCUCCGAAACACCUGCCGUGCCGCCUAAACCACCCGUGGGUGACACAAAGGGGGAGGGUGCCAUGAUGGCGGCUGCACCAGCAAGCAGGGAAGCAGAUGCCACGCAACCUGUGCUCCCCCCUCCCCAUGCCCCUGCUGCCGCCACCAUCCAACCCGCCCAGGCGAAUGAAGGUGGCGCCAGGCUGGCAUGCCCACCCAUGCACACAUGUGAGCCCGUGCACAGCACUGCUCUCGCUCCACCUGCUCACACCCACCACCACCUGAGAGCCACCCCUCCUGCACCACCCCUGCCCUCACCCUCUUGCGCUUUCCUCUCCGAGGAAGCUUCCUGGCUGCUUCGAUCCAUUGGGGAUGCAGAGGCCGGGUUGUGGGGUGGCCGGGGCGGGAUUGAGUCGAUGGUGUGUGAUGGAGAGUGGUGUAGUGCGAUGGGGAGGGGAGGGGGUGUAGGAAGAGGCAGGGAACAGGAACAGAGAGGGGUAGGGAAGGAGGGAGAGCAGAGCAGGGAAUGUGGCGAGGUGGUGAGAGGCGACAGGCAGGAGGAGGAGGGGGGAGCAGCACUUUGUCGUGAUGUAACUGCUGGUGCUGAUGUGGCCGCAGCACAGCGCGCUUCCCUGGGUGCUGAUGGCAGGGAUGCAGCAGUGGCAGUAGCAGCACCAGCGGCAGCGACAGCACCAGCGGCAGCAGCAGGUGCUGCUGUGGGCUGGGCAGGGUCAAAUGCGGUGGUGGCAUGUGGGGAGUGCAAACGUGUGGCAGAGGAAGGCACAGCAGGUGCAGCGAGUGGAGCAGCAGGAGUAGAGGGGGCAGGCAGGGAGGAGGGCUGUGGGGCGGCCAUCCCCCCCCGUGUGCGGCGCCUCCAACACUCCCUGCUGGCUUCCCAGGAGGCAUUGGAGGCGGGGGGCAAGCUGGCGGUGGAGUGGACGGGGGAGAGAAGGCGCAGGCAUGGCAGCAGGCAGAUAAGGCUUAUGGGGCAACGUAUGGCAGCAGGUGUGGGAUUCUCUUUUGUUUCUCCUCACUUUCGCGCUCUCACCUCCGCUCCUCCCCAUCCCAGCGCCCUUUCUCUACCUACUGGUCCAUCUGUCUCUACCUACUGGUCCAUCUGUCUCUACCUACUGGUCCAUCUGUCUCUGCCUACUGGUCCAUCUGUCUCUACCUACUGGUCCAUCUGUCUCUACCUACUGGUCCAUCUGUCUCUACCUACUGGUCCAUCUUUCUCUACCUACUGGUCCAUCUGUCUCUCCCUGCGCACGUCACCACGUGCCUCUUGCCCCUGCUCCGUUUCCCCACUUCCCAUAGCUCCUCCCACCCUCGACUGCCCCUUGAACACCCUUCGUUUCAACCACCCUUUCGCCAGGCCUCCCUCACUCACCCCAGACCAGUCACCAGACACCCCACCCGGAACGAACAUCCCACUCUCCAAACAUUCCCUUCCCCACCCUCUUGCUGUCCCUUUCCUUCUUCCCCCCCUCUUUCUGCAGCUGCUGUGCCAGCUGGAGGCCGCCAUCCCCCCCACCUUCAUCCACGGCUCCUUCAGCCCCGCGCCAAAUGUCGCCCUACGAUUGGCUCUCAGGAUGCGAGGGAGUCGAGGUGAGCCCGCAGCUCAAGCUGGAAGGAGCGGAGGGGAGAGGGGCAAAGACGGGGACGAGAGGGGGAGUGGAGGAGAGAGCGGGAGGGAGGAGGGAGAGCGGGGUGAAGGCGGGACGGGGUGUGGUGAGGAGGCCAGGCAGGCGGGUGGUGCUGCUGGCGAGGUGGGGGAGAGGAGGAGCGGACAUGAGGGAAGGUGCUCGGCAGAGGAGGCAGUUGCUGUUGCUGUUCCAGACAGGGGGCAGAGCAUUGCUGGUGCAGGCGGUGGGAUGGAGGAGGGCAAAUCCACAAGAGAGGGUCAGACGGACGUGGGUGAGGAGGGGAGGCAAGGGGGGAACGGCAGAGAAAGAGGUGGGAGGGAUGGCGAGCAGGCUGUAGCAGGGGGGUGGACACGGGCCCUUCCUUCCCUUGUUGCCAUGCCGCUGCCCACUGUGCCCCUCACGUGCGCUGCUGUCGCUCUGCGAUUGGCCGCCCUGGAGGCAGCUGUCCUGGGGGAUAGGCGAGGAGCUGGGGGGAGUGCGGGGACUUGGAAAGGGAAUGGUAGAGGGGUUGACGCAGGGCGUGGCGGGGAGUUGGGAUGGUGGGUGCCUGAUGAAGCAAGGCGACUGGAGGGGGUGUGGUGGGAGCAGGUGGAGGGGGCGAGGAGAGAGGAGGCAGUUGAAGGGAUGGUGGACUGGGCGGAGUGGGAGGCGAGGGAGGUGGUGCGGCGCACGCAGGACAGGGAGCGGGCGAAAGGGAAGGAGGAGAGGGAGAAGAGGGAGGGGAAGGUGAAGGAGAAAGGGAGAGGGAGAAUGCGAGAGGAAGGAAGAGUGAAGGGCGGGAGGGGUAAGAAGGGGGGAUGGGGUAGAGGGGUCGGUGAAGGGGGGGCGGGCAGAGGAUUGUGUAGGACGGGGCGGAAUGAGAAUGAGCGCUUGCAAAGACUGAAGAAGAAAGGUGGGGUGAAGGUGCGUGCAGGGAAGAGAAAAUGGAAGGAGGUGGUUGAGGAAGCAGAGGAGGAGGAGGAAGAGGAGGAAGAGGAGCAGAAGCAAGAGGAGGAGGAAGACGAGGAAGAGGAGGAUUUGCAGGUGAAGCUUCGAGUGCGAACGAAGGGGCUGCGACGACACGUGAAGAAGAGACGGAUGGGUGCUGACGAAGGGGGUGUGAAGGACGAGACUGGCACACAAGGCACAGAGGAGGGGCAGGAGGUGAAGCAGGGGAAGGUGAAGAAGAGGGAUGUGAAGAGAGAAAGCAGAGAUGCGGGAGUGAGGCACGGAGUGAAGACAGAGGAGGGAGAGGAGGGGGUGAAGCCGCAGAUGGUAUCAACGGGAGCGAGGGCGGCCCGCAUGAGUGGCAGGGCAAGCAGGCGCGUGCAGCGGCCGCUGUCGGCCCGUGGCAGAGGUGCCGUGCGGCGUGUGGGACGGGAGCAGGAGGCGGAGGUGGAGGAGGGGGAGGGGGUGAAGGAGGAGGAGGACGGGGAGGAGGAUGAGGGGGAGGGGAUGAGGGAGGAGGGGCAGCAGCAGCGGGGGCAGCAGAAGGGCAGAGCGUCAAUGUCUCGACAGAAGCAGGCGAGCAAGGAGGAAGGCAGCGCAGCAGCAGCCACUUUGCGACUGCGGGCGUCCAUCAACCCACCCGCACCUGCACUUUGCUUCACACGUGCCAAGCCCCCUUGGUUCAUGAGGGCAGCCGGUGCCGCUGGUGGCGGCAGUGGGAGGCGCAGCGCUGCAGCGGUGGUUCAGUCUGGUGUUGAGUCGCACUCGCGCUCUCAACUUAGUCACCAUGCUGACCUCGGUGCUGCUGCUGCUCCUGCUGCCAAUGGCACUGGCUCGGCUCACAGCGACGAGGACAGUGAGGAGAGCCGUGGCAGCGACGACAGGGACAAGGGCAGUCAGAGCAGCAGCAGUGAGGAAGGCGGUGGUGAGGGGCAUCACAGUCCUGCACGCCCGCCGUCGCCAGCAGCAGUGAGUGCUCCCUCUCCUUCCCGCCCGCCACCGCGCAAGCGACCGCGCUCCCACCUCCCUGCACAUGCACAUGCCCUGUCUGCCCGAGGCUCUGCCGCUGCCGCUGCUACUGUGGUGAAGAUGGAGGCUCGGGCAGGGUUGCCGACAGGCUUGGAGGCAGGCUCGGGUGGAAGGGGUGGAGGUUCGGGAGGGAGGCAACGCGUGGUUGGAGCAGGUGGAGAUGGGAAGAGGGUGGGUGGUGGUCGGAGCAGGAGGCAGGUGAAGCAGGGGAAGCAGGAGAAGGAAGAGAAGGAAGAGGAGGAGGAGGAGGAGAUGGAAGGGCGAGGUGGGGAGGAAGGGUUGGCAGGGAGAAGGACAACACGCAGGCAGGAGAGUUGGGGCAAUGGAACAGUGGAAGCUGAGCUACCGCAGAGAGGGAAGAAGGGGAGAGAGGGAGGGGCUAAGGCAGGUGGGGAGAAACGGAGAGGGGGAGGUGGAGGGGCGGGCACUGGUGGGGCGGGAGGAGAGGAUGAGAAGCAGGAGGAGCGGAGAGUUGAGACGGGAAGGCCGCGGAGAGAAGCGAGUUUGCGAGCCAGGAAGGCACAGGAAAAGAUGCUGCUGCGGGAGAGGGGCGGAGGGAUGGAGGGCGUGGAGGAGGAGAGGACAGGGAGAGGCGCAGUGAGAGGAGCGCGACGGAAUGCCACUAUUACUGGAGUGGAGAGGAAGGGGAAGGACAAGGGUGAGAGGAGCGUGGGGGGACGGGGCGGUGGGAGAGGCAGAGGCGAGGCAAGCGCAACAGCAACGGCGGCAGGCGGCGAGGAGGGCAGCAAGCGAGCAUUCAACACGAGAGCGGCACGAGCAGCAGCGGGUGGCAGCGGUGGUGGCGGUGGGAGUGGAGAGCGCAGCAGGCGGGGUGUGAGGGGUGUGAGGCAUGGCAUGGGUGGUGGAGAGGCAGGGGACGCACACCCUCUUGCCUCGCCUCAAGCACCCGCUUCUCCACCACCAACACACUCCCCUCAACCUUCCCACUCCCCUCGACCCGACUCCCCGCCAGCGAUUCUUUCAGGCUCGAGCAGUGAUGGCACGGGACAGGGUCGGGAGGACGAGAGGGGGGAUGGGGAGGAGACGGCAGGGCGGCAGCAUGAGGAACAGCAGGAGAGGACGGUGAAGCCAGUGCAGUCAGGCAGUGAGGACUCGUCAUACUACCUGGGGUCGCCGCUGCGCCUGGACGCCCCUCAGUGGCCGGCCUACCUUGACCCUUCCUCUGCUGACUCUGCUCCUCGCUUUCCCCCCUCUCACUGA